AUGACUCGUGCACGCGCCGUUUUCGCGAUUGUGACGCAAGCGAACGCGUCUGCCCAUGUCACUUUCCACUCUAUUGUCCUGACUUUGCGACAGCAAUAUUCCUGGGAUAGACUGUAUGCAAUGGCAGACAUGGAGGAUGUGCAAAUGUCUGGUCGCAGUCCAUCGCCGACACGCGGUACGAAAAGAACCGCAGAUGAAGCAUUCAACAAGGCACCGCCACCCAUUCGUGCUCUUCAUCAAGAUGUGGUCAACAAGAUUGCUGCUGGAGAAAUCAUUGUCUCGCCCUGGAACGCUUUGAAAGAACUUAUCGAAAAUGCUGUCGAUGCUGGAGCGACCAUGCUUGAAAUUCUGGUCAAGGAUGGAGGACUGAAAUUGCUACAGAUCAGUGACAACGGCCAUGGUAUCAACAUCAAGGAAUUUGAAGAUCUUACUUCAAUCAGCACAUAUGGCUUCCGUGGCGAAGCACUUGCCAGUAUCAGUCAUAUCGCGCAUCUUACCGUCACUACGAAGACACGAGAGUCAAGUUGCGCAUGGAAAGCUUACUAUACGAACGAAGCCCUUACACCACCAAAGCCUGGACAAUCUGCAGACCCUAAACCUUGUGCUGGCAAACAAGGAACUCAAAUUACUGUGAGUAAUCUGUCGUAUCGCCGCCUCACUGUGCUAAUUCUCUAUAGNGUUGAAGAUCUAUUCUACAACGUACCGACUCGUAGACGAGCCUUCAGGUCGAGCAGUGAAGAAUACGCCAAGAUCCUGGACAUCAUUGGCAAAUACUCUGUCCACUGCAAAGGCGUCGCAUUCUCAUGCAAGAAACAUGGCGAGGCUGGAACAAGUCUCAAUGUGCAAAGUCACCUUAGUAUGGUUGACCGCAUCCGCACCGUGUUCAACAGCGCAGUAGCAAAUGACCUGGUAUCUUUCGAGGUCGCCAAUGAUCGCUGGGGAUUCAAGUCAGAAGGUUUGAUCAGCAGUGCCAACUAUUCAGCGAAGAAGUCUACCUUCCUGCUGUUCAUCAACCACCGUUCGGUAGAAUCGACGGCCAUUCGCAAAGCCAUUGACCAGACUUAUGCACAGUUCUUACCAAAAGGAGGCAAGCCAUUCGUCUACUUGAGUCUUGAUAUUGACCCCGCCAGAGUUGAUGUCAAUGUGCAUCCAACGAAGCGUGAGGUGGGCUUCCUGAAUGAGGAGGAGAUUAUCGAGAUCAUCUGCGAUGAGAUCCGCACCAGAUUGGGCUCAGUCGAUACAAGCCGUACAUUCAUGACACAAUCUUUGUUGGGGCCGAAGAAGACAACAACACCGAUGACACCCGCAGCCUCGACUCAGUCCGAAAUGACAUUCUCAACGCCAUUGCUCCAGCAUAUGGACAGUACAUGCUCCACUAAUUCUACGAUCUCACGAACAGUUCCCAAACCAUACGAGAACAAUCUUGUAAGGACAGAUUCGCGUGUCCGCAAGAUUACGUCCAUGCUUCCACCUACCCUGACUUCUUCGCCGAGUAAAGGAAGUAGGGCAGAAGGACAAGGAGGUCCCGGCGAAGAAGCCGAGUAUGAGUUCGUUGAAAAGGAACAUACCACCAUCCGACUUACCUCGAUCAAAGAGCUUCGUGCUGCCGUGCGCGACGAUAUUCACAAUACCUUGUCCGACGUGUUCUCGAAUCUCACCUUCGUGGGCAUAGUAGACACUUCCAAGAGGAUUGCUGCAAUCCAAUCAGGAGUCAAGCUGUUCUUGGUUGAUUACGGCAUGAUUAGUGCAGAGUUCUUCUACCAGCUUGGUCUGUCAGACUUCAGCAACUUUGGUACCAUCAAGUUCAGGGAGCCCUUGAGCAUCGCAGAUCUCUUACGAAUAGGAGCGGAGUAUGAGCGUUCGCGAACACCCAUUGACGACCAGGAGCUAGACUGGAAUGAAGUCGUGCAAGUGACUCUGGAUCAGCUAGUGCAAAGCAGAGGUAUGCUCAACGAGUACUUCGCACUUGACAUCUCUGAGGAUGGCGAGCUGCUUAGUAUCCCUCUGAUGCUCAAGGGUUAUAUGCCCUGUCUGGCCAAGCUUCCCACCUUNUUGCUCCGACUUGGUCCUCAUGUGAACUGGGAUGAGGAAAAGGACUGUUUCGACAGCUUCCUGCGCGAACUGGCAUCGUUCUACUCGCCUGAGGCUCUACCUGUUGCAUCGGUGACUACAGGAGCUUCUCAAAGUGCACAAGAAGAGGUCACCAAGCGCCGCGGACAGCUCGAAAGAUCGCUCGAGAAUAUCAUGUUCCCUGCCUUCAGAACAAGAUUAGUCGCAACCAAGAGUCUGAGAAAAGCAAUCAUCGAGGUAGCAGAUCUCAAAGGACUGUAUCGCGUGUUUGAGAGAUGUUGA